AUGGCAACCAUAGGCAAAGGAACAGCAGAGCCAGGAGCCCCGAGCCCAGAAGCAGGUCCAGACAAUGCCCCCAAAGGCAAGGCUGAUGAGGCUUCUCUUGUCCAGGAGAAAGGAGCUGUGCCUCCAGGCCAGCCCCUGCCUGGCAGCCCAGGCCCCCCCAAGGAGAAAGCUGCUACUGCUGGUGGGGUGGCCCACCCAGAUGGAGGGGCAGGAGAGGCACCCCUGGCAUCGGAGGCGAGUGCCGGCCCACCGGCUGCCCUGCCCCAGCAGUCCCUACCGAUGGAAUCGUCAGGGAAGAAACCAGAGGCUGGCACCAAGGGGUCUGAGACUGGGCAGGACAACAAGGGUGGCCAAGGAGCAGGAGAACGGACCAAGGAAGAAAAGAAGCCAGCAGGCAAAGCAGACCCUAAGAGGGCCCCUCCACCCUUCCUGCACAGCCCCAGCUGCCCUGCCACUAUCCAGAGCUCUGAGAAACCGAUGGAGAAGAGCCUGUGGGAAGCAGAGAAAGCUCUCAGUGGAAAGGAGAGUUCUCAGAUCUCAGGAACCAUCCCUGGACAAGCCAGCUCCACCCCCGGUGCUGCUAGCAAGGUUGCAGAGGGAGGGAAGAAGUUGGUAGAUCCUCAGGCAGGGAGCCAGAAGGAGAAGCCUUUGGAGAAGGCUCAGGGCCCAGAAGGAGAGAGAUCCCAGGCCCAGCCCAGCCCAGCUAGUCCUCCCAAAGCCCAGCCGGACAGCAGCUCGGCUAAAGAAGGGGACGACCCUGAAGGGAUCGUGUUCCAGGCUGUUCCCUUGGAAAAAGAGGCGACAGAGAAGACUGCUUGUCCUAGUGCCAACAAAGAGGAUAACUUUGAGAUUCUGGAUGACUGCCCCCCUCCUCCGGCUCCCUUCCCCCACCGUAUUGUGGAGCUAAGGACUGCAAAUGUGAGCAGCGAAUUCACCAUCAACUCCCAGCAUCAACUAGGAGGGGGGAAAUUUGGGGAAGUUUGCACAUGUACAGAGAAAGCCACAGGCCUCAAAUUGGCUGCGAAGAUCAUCAAGAAGCAAAGCCCGAAAGACAAGGAGAUGGCACUGUUGGAAAUUGAGGUGAUGAACCAGUUGAACCACCAAAAUCUGAUCCAGCUCUAUGCAGCCAUCGAGACCUCACAUGAGAUCAUCCUCUUCAUGGAAUUCGUGGAGGGUGGAGAGCUGUUCGAGAGGAUUGUGGAUGAGGACUACCAGCUGACCGAGGUGGAUACCAUGGUGUUCGUCAGGCAAAUCUGUGAUGGGAUCCUUUUUAUGCACAAAAUGAGAGUCCUUCACCUAGACCUCAAGCCGGAGAACAUAUUAUGUGUCAGCACCACGGGACACAUGGUGAAGAUCAUCGACUUUGGCCUGGCACGGAGGUACAAUCCAAAAGAGAAGCUUAAAGUCAACUUUGGGACCCCUGAGUUCCUGUCCCCAGAGGUGGUGAAUUAUGACCAAAUAUCUGAUAAAACAGACAUGUGGAGUAUGGGCGUGAUCACCUACAUGCUGCUGAGUGGCCUCUCCCCAUUCCUGGGAGAUGAUGACACCGAGACCCUCAACAAUGUCCUGGCUGCCAACUGGUAUUUUGACGAGGAGACCUUCGAGACCAUCUCAGAGGAGGCAAAGGACUUUGUAUCCAAGCUCAUUAUCAAGACCCCCAGAGAGCGGAUGAGUGCGGCUCAGUGUCUGGCACACCCCUGGCUCAACAACCUGGCAGAGAAGGCCAAGCGCUGUAACCGGCUCCUCAAGUCUCAGAUCCUGCUGAAGAAAUAUGUGAUGAAGCGCCGCUGGAAGAAAAAUUUCAUCGCUGUGAGUGCUGCCAACCGUUUCAAGAAGAUCAGCAGCUCAGGAGCCCUGAUGACUCUGGGGGUCUGAGGCCAUGGGGGCUGUGUGGAGGCUGCAACAGAACAACCCAGAGAGCCUCAGGGGGUCCAAGGGCCCUGCAACUGGGAGGGUCUGAGGGCAAUGGGCCAGGCCCCCAAGGAAAGGACAGUCGGGGUGACCAUGCCUAGACUCCAACAGCUCUGUGCUUGGUGACUUGCCUGCUAACUGAGGCCCGACCCAGGGUGGGGGCUUCCCCUGCCAAAAGGUGGCCAGACCCAGAUUCCUCCCUGUUCUCAAAGAAUCUUCCUUUCCAGGCCCCCGACACACAAACACACAAUUAACCCUCUGGGUCCUGUCAUGCUUCCCUGACUGGAUGCCGCUCAUACACAGGCUUCAUAGGAUUUCAAGCAAGAAGGGGCCAUAGAGAUCAUGUAGCCCAAUUCUCUCAUUUGACAGAUGGGGAAACUGAGUCAGGCCAGAGUGGGGAAAUGGCUCUCUGUGGUCACACAGUGAUCAGAUAUCAGAGCUGGGGUAGGAACCCAAGUCUCCUGGCUCCAAAUUCCGUGCCCUUGUUCCUACUGUUGGGUCUUACUCUCUGAGCACUGGAAGAGUGUUCAGUGGGAGGGUCCCUGUCACUGUGCUGGGGCUGUGGAGCCCAUGAUGGAGAGGUCACAGGCUUGUCUAAAACCCCAUCCAGCUUUCACUCCAGAAACUCCUCUGACCUCAGGACCUUGCAUCCCAUGCCACAUCUAAGUAGCUUCACUGCUCCGAUCCUUUUUCCCACCCUGCAGCCCUCCAGCCUCAAGGGGAGUUACUAGCCCUUUCUUGGGGCUACUAGGUGGGUGUGGCUCAUGGUCAGACUUAGGGGCCCUGGGAAGAGUAGAAUACAUUACGGCAUCAUGGAAAAAGAGCUGGAUUUGGAGUAAUGAGACCUGGAUUCAAAUUCUGGUUCUACUACUCACUAGCUGUGGCACCUCAAGCAAGUCACAACCUGUGGGCCUCAGUUUCCUCCUCUGUAAGUGAGGGAAUUUUACUAAGUGUUCUCUAAGUUUCCUUUCAACUCUAAAUCCUAUGAUCCUGGGUGCCCAAAUGCUCCCAGUUCUCCUAAACAUGAAGGGUACCCAGACUCUAAAUCACUGUUUGCUGGGUGAGCUCUACAGCUGGGGUGGGGGGAAUCCAGGGAAAAAACAGUUCCUAUUGUGCCAGAAGGCUCAUUGCACAGAACAGAAGGAAGAAAGAAAAGAAGGAAGGAAGGAAGGAAGGAAGGAAGCAAGCAAGCAAGCCCCUGACCCAGAUCCCAGAAGGAGUCCCUAGCCAAGGGGGUGAGGGUGGGGGUAGACAGACAAGGGCUUUGUGUUUUCUGCUCACCCCCCUGGCCUUCCCAAGCCACCAACAGAGGCAGAGAGAGAUGGAACCUGCCUCCUCCCCAGAAAAGGAUUCCCCCACAUAGCUAGAGUCCAGAGAGGCUGCGGUGCUAAUGCAGACCAGCUGGGCCCCUAGCUGGCCUCCUCACCCCAAUGAAAGCACCAUUUCACAGUGACCACCAACAGGCAGGAACUUCUGUGUGUGAGUGAGCCAGAACUCGGGAGGAGGGCAGCCCUGCCCUUCCCUAUGUCCCUUCUCCCCCUCUCCCUCCCCCCACCACAUAUACACAUCCCACCAUAGGUCAGCAAGAACCUGGGAAAACAGAGGUGGGGGGCAGGGGCGCUCCAGCAGUCUCCUAACAGAGUCAGCUAGCUCUUGUAGAUCUGCUAUCCAGAAGCCUCUGCCAUCUCUCCUUCAUAUAUAACUUCAGAAGGCACGGUGACACGAGCAAGCUCUUUAGAUGACAUCUCUGCCAUCCAGAAGUGCUCAGGAACGGCCUCACUGCUCAUCCCACCGUCCCACCUAGAACAGGUCUAAGUGAUGCAUUGCUGCUGGGCUCUUAGAGUGAAGUCACAUGGGAUGGCCAUGAUGUCACAGCAGCCGGGGGUGAGGGCUGGGAUGAUGGGUCACAUCCUCAGAAUGAAGAGCAGAUUCAAGAGC